GUUCACGGAAUCCACAACCUAGCAUGGGCCGGCACACCAGCAGAGGGAGCGGCGUGGCUCCGCGUACAACCCAUCACCACCACUUGGCACCGCAUCAUGCUCAUCCCCGUUAUGGGCGGGGUCGUUGUAGGCAUGCUACACGCCCUCGGCGGCAUCAUAGAACAAAGCCAAAGCCCAUCCCAAGCCCAGGGCCAGAACCGCGCAGCCACCCUACGCCUAGAGCAGCAGAGGGGAAUCGACUGGAGAGCGGCUUUUACACCCGUAAUUCGAGCCAUCCAAGCAGCAGUAACCCUAGGCACAGGCUCCUCCCUGGGACCUGAAGGGCCGAGUGUGGACAUAGGCAAGGCUUGGGCAGAUGGAAUGGCAGAGAUUCUAAUGAACACGCAUGAGAGGAAAACCGCACUGGUGGCUGCUGGUGCAGCUGCAGGAAUUUCGUCUGGUUUCAAUGCGGCUGUAGCUGGGUGUUUCUUUGCCAUUGAAACGGUGCUACAGUCGGUUGCUUCGGAAAACGCGCCGCCGCUUACCACUGCCAUGAUCAUCCUCGCUUCAGUGCUCUCCUCUACAGUCUCUAACGUAGUUCUGGGUGAAGAGCCAGCGUUUACUGUACCUGAAUACGAGCUGAAAUCAGCUGCUGAGCUGCCACUGUACUUGCUACUGGGAAUGGUUUGCGGGGUUAUUUCGGUGAUAUUUACCCGACUAAUCAAAUGGUCCACAGCCUUCUUUGAUUUUCUCCGGGACCGCCUCGGCAUCCCACCAGCUGUCACGCCAGCAUUGGGCGGCCUGUGUGUGGGCUUUAUAGCUCUACAGUACCCUGGUGUCUUGUACUGGGGUUUCAGUAACGUGAACGAAAUAUUGCACUCGAGAGAGAGUGCAUCUGCCCCAGGUCCGAAGCUCAUGACUCAGCUGAUAGCAGCCAAGAUCGUUGCCACGGCGCUUUGCAGAGGCUCGGGUUUGGUUGGGGGGAUCUACGCUCCGAGCCUGUUCAUAGGUUCGGCGGUAGGCUCGGUGUAUGGGUCGCUGGCGGGUGCAGCUAUCCAGGCUGCCAUUCCUGGGAAGGCUGAGGUCGCGGCACCACAGGCAUAUGCUUUGGUGGGCAUGGCGGCUAUGCUCGCCUCUGUGUGCUCCGUGCCCCUCACUUCCGUGCUGCUUCUCUUCGAACUCACCAAGGAUUAUCGCAUUCUGCUGCCGCUCAUGGGCGCAGUGGGUCUGGCCUACUGGGUCUCCUCAGUGGCCAAUCGCAAGAAGCCCGUUCUCUCGCACGCCAAGCUCGCCCCCGGCUCUGCCGCUGCCUUUGCUGCUGCUGGCGGGCACGGCGACUCAGCCCUCACGCUCUACUCACCCCUGGGCACUGCCAUGAACGGCCAUGCCUCUCACCAGCAGAAUCUAGCCCUUUUGCACGAGCACCAUCACUCGACGCAUUUCGGAGGGCCGCCGCUGUCCCCUACGCAGCUCAGGGCGUCUUCGUCUAUUUCCUGGCAUAGGGGGAGUGGCAGCAGCAGUACUGGUGGUGGGAGUGGUGCGGAGGAAAUGGAGUUGUGUGCGGUGGAGGGGUUUGCAGGGGGUGUGGAGGCGGCUUUGAGUGUUGAUAGACUGCUGGACGAACUGAAGGUGGCUGCAGCAAUGAGCACCACGUUCGUCUCGGUUCGAGCAGACGCCACAGUAAGGGAAGCCGUUCUUGCCCUCCUUGAAGGCCGUGCAGACUGUGCCAUGGUGGUGGACGCAGAGGGGCUGCUGGAAGGCACGCUCUCCCUCACUGAUGUACACCGGGAGCUUCGCCGAUCCUCCAUUAUCAGUGCGGCAGGCACGGCCAGCCACCGAGGCUCGACGAUUGCCGGACCUGGAGGCUCGGCACGAAGCUCGGUUGCGGGUGGAGUGGGCGGUGGUUCGGGAGGAGGGGGAGGGGGAGGAGGGGGGAGUCAUAGAGGAUCGGCGGUGUCGGUAGGGCUUAUGCCAGUGGGAGGAGUGGGAGGAAUGGGAGGGGUGGGAGGGUUGGACAGGGCAUUGUCACACAGAGCUUCGGUCGCUGCCUCUGAGCUGGCUCCUGUAGGCGUGGAGUUUAUCUUUUGUGUUUCCCUGCCCCCCGUUUCCUCGCUUUCACCCCUUUCACCACCCUUUCACCCCCGUUUCAUCCGUCCCUCCUUCUCUUUUCCCCCUCUUUCACCCCCAGGUGCACGAGAUGCUGGUGGGAGCGGUCUGCACCAGUACCACAGCCCACGGGGACUCCGACCUUGUUGUGUGCUUCCCAGACCAGACGCUGCGCGCCGCCCGCCACCUAAUGCUGCCGAGGAACCUGACGGUGCUGCCUGUGGUGUCUCGGUCCGGCAAGCGGUGGCAGGACCGGGGGAGGAAGCUGGUUGGAGUCCUGGAAGCUUCAGCAAUCCGUGCCACAUGCCAAGCGGAGGCAACCCGUCGGAUAUUGGGAAGCUUUCUCCUGCCGUCGGUGCGCCGGUAUCGUCUGCUAAAACGAAGGACUCUUUAGCGGCUCCGGAAGCUGCUGCUGCUUCGCCUGCUUCUGACGCUGCGGCUGCUGCUACUGCUGCUGCUGCUGCUGCUGCUGCUGCUGCUGCUGCUGCUGCUGCUGCGGUGAAGACCACCGGCCAGCCUGGUAAAAGUCCCGAUGCAACGACACUGAGAGACAAGGGUUGGGAGGGGGAGGGGGAGGUGGCUUCGUCUAAAGUUCCCCCUUCUGGUAAACGGAGGUAUGGCAGCGGAUUGAUGCUUCCCCGGUCCUUGUUCAGGAGAAGGGGGCGAGAUAGUCAGUCGGGAAAAGAACGUGAGGUUGAGAUCGAGUCGGGGAAAGCCGUUCAGGUGCCUAAAAAGGGACGCGAGAUUGCGUCACGGGAGGAGAGGGGGGUUGUUGGAGGGGAGACGGGUGAGAGAAUCCGUGCUGUCGAUGUGGGUUCGGGAGAGAGAGGCGGAAGGGCGGCAGCGGUAGAGAGGGGGACGGAGGGGGAGGGGAGCAGCGCGGGGCAGAGGGGAAGACAGUCGGAAGGGGAGGUGCAACCGCCAAGGGGAGCUGUGAGGAAGGAAAAGGGGGGGUUAUCUGGUGAGAGUGAGGGGAGUGAGGAGAGUGAAGAAAGAGAGGAGGGAGAGGAGGGUGAGAAGAGUGAAGCAAUUGCUACGAAGGAUGACGUCUCGGGAAGGGAGGGACUCGUAGAAGCCAAAGGAAGUGGAGAGGGAGUGAAGGUAGGAGGAGAAGGACGGGGAGUGGUACGAGGGCAGGAGGGGAGGGCCAUGACGGCUGGUAAGGCGGAGAGGGCGGAGAGGGCGGAAGGCUCAAUGGGAGUGGUGACGCUGAGGCGCAUGAAGGAUGCGCUGAGGAGCGUGCUGUGGCCGCAGCGGGAGCAGCGUGAGCAGUGGGAGCAGCAGACUCGUGCUCGUGCAUCCCCAGGCCCUCCAGUGGACGCGCCUCCCUCUCCUUUCAGCCGUGUGCCUCCCAAGCGCACUGCCAGCCUCCCCAGCGACACUCUGCUGCUGCACCACGAGGUGUCUGCUGUGCCUGUAACGGAGCAGCCUUUAACGGGGAUGAGGGAGGCUGCAAUACUCUCCCACCCACCCCCACAUCCUCCUGCUGCUGCUUCUGUCUCACCUUCCCUUGUGUCACCUCCUCCGUCCUCACCACCCCGACAUGAGAGCUCUGCUGAUAAGAAAAGGCCUGCAAGACCGAGGCUGAAACUCCCUUUCUUCUCCCCUCCUGCGACAGCCGCUGCCUCUGCUGCUGGUGGUAGUACUUUUGCCUCUGCUGCCCGUACCCCGCCUCGCCUUGACCUUUCUGCUGCCCCGCCCUCUCCUGCUGCGGAAGCUGCUGAGAAGCUUCGGGAACGAGCGAGGCGGAUAGGGGUAAGGCGUCAGUCACAGUUUGAGGCGCGGGGAGAACAGGUGGAGAAGACUGAGAGGGAGGAGCAGGUGGAGGGGGUGUUUACAGCUGCAGAGAGGGAGGAGAUGAAAGACACGGAAGGGGGCAUUCAACAGGCGACGAAGGCACUCAAGGGGAGGUCGUCUAGCCCUGGAGGUCGAGGAAAUCGGGGCGAAAUGAAUAAGUUGGAUGAGCCGGUGGGUGUUGGGCCAGUUUUGAGUGGGCGAGAGUUGAAGCAGAUGGAAGGGACGCAGCAGAUGGUGAAGUCUGCUUCUUGGAACCUGAAGUGGGACGCUGAGGAGUUUAAAGAAGAGUAG